AUGCCGUCAGUACAAUACAUGAACAAUUCUGCGCCGUUCUGGGACUGGGUCGCCAGCCUAGAGCAAGAUGGUGGGAAUCAUCCCUGGUUCUCUCAGUGGAACCAGAACCGAAACAACGAACACGACGACAACACUGAGCAUAGCGAGGAGGAGCGUGGUGGACCUCACGGGCGUCCACCAUCUGGACCUUGGGGAUGGGGCUUCCCAGGCUUUGGUGGCAGGGCCUUCCCUCACCGUGGACCGCCGCCGCCUCCGAGUCAUCACCAUGACCAUGCUGAGCAUGCUGAGCAUGAAGGCAAAGAUAGCGGCGUGAACGAGAAGGAUGGUGACGGGGACAUGGAGGAUGCCAACGAUAACGGCGAGGGCCCGUCCGUCAGCGGUUCCGAGACCGAUGGCCGCCGCCAUCGUCAUGGUCGCUGUGGCUCUCGUCGUGGCCGACACGGCUGUGGUGGACCUCGAGGUUUCGGUGGCCCAGGUGCUCACCAUGGCCCUCACCAUGGCCCUCCCCAUGGCCCUCACCACGGCGGCCCAGGACGUCGCGGUCACCAUCAGGGCCGACGAGGUGGCUUUGGACCAUGGGGACGUGGUGGCUUUGGACCGGCCUUCAACCCCUUCGCCUUCGCCAGCUCAUUCCUAGACCCUACCUCCAACAAUAAGGACGAGAACGCAGACUUUAUCCCGGACGCAGACAUCUUCGACACCCCCAACUCGUUCGUGGUACACAUAUCGCUCCCGGGUGCUAAGAAGGAAGACGUUGGUGUGAACUGGGACGCUGAGAAGUCAGAGCUCUCGAUCGCCGGUGUGAUCUACCGCCCGGGGGACGAGGAGUUCCUCAAGACGCUGGCGAUGGACGAGAGAAAAGUCGGGCCCUUCGAGAGGAAGGUGAGGCUCGGGACGCGGGCCAACCCUGCCGCGAUCGAUGCGGAUGGAAUUACUGCCAAACUAGAGGAUGGAAUUUUGAGAGUAGAGGUCCCGAAGAUGGGAGAUAACGGGUUCGUGGAGGUGCGCAAGGUAGACAUUGAGUAA